AUGUCACCUAUCCAUAAUGCGGGAGUCAGAAUUGCAUCCGGCGCAUUCAGGACUAGCCCAGUCGUCGCAUUACUAGCCGAAGCCAAUGUACAACCACUUGAAGUCAGAAGAAAACAAUUAAGUCUAACCUACGCGGUUGCCAAACUUUCCACGCCAUCAAACCCUAUACAUGGCCUAAUAAUGUCAGAUGAACAAUCACUCAGCCUCCGCAUAAAACCUACGCAUCCGAAACCACUGAACUUCCGACUUAAAAAAUACUUGCAAGACAUGCAAACUGAAAUUUCCCCAGUUCUCGUCAGAAAACAAUUAGCGAUUGCUCCAUGGACAAUACAACCACCUUGUCUAAUAGACAAAUUCUUACAACUCACCAAAAAUACAGAUCGAAACAUCAUACAAUCCCUGUUUCUUGAACUAACUAAUGAUUACCCAAACCACAAACAACUAUUUACGGAUGGGUCGAAGUCAAAGAAGGGACAGGAUGCGCACUCUGGGAAAAACUUCCUAUUCUCCUGGAUCCCAUCACAUGUAGGUAUUAAAGGAAACGAAGCGGCAGAUUCAGCGGCAAAAGAAGCGAGCACCUCCACAUCUGAAACAUGUUCUAUACCUGUUCCCUGUCAAGAUCUCCAAAAAUAUCUCACCAAAGCUGCAAAGGAACGAUGGAACCAAGAUUGGAUAACCUCAAGACCUACUGCACUACACAAAAUUCGCGACAAUGUAUAUGACAUUAGCCCGGCAGUUUACAUGAACCGAAGAGAUCAAACAAUGCAGUCGGCCGGAAAUGGACCAAGUGCCGCGGUUCGGGGUAGUGCCGCGAGUCAGGGCAGCGUCGCGACGCCCGAAAUAGAGCGCGUCGGCAUAAAAGUGCCGCCGUUUUGGCCGGAGCAGCCCGAAAUCUGGUUUUGCCAGGUGGAGGGCCAGUUUGUGUUGAGUGGCAUCACAACGGACUCUACGAAAUUUUAUUAUGUUAUGUCCCACCUUGACCCCAAGUACGCGGUGGAGGUCAAGGACGUGCUAGAGUUUCCGCCAGCGACCGAUAAGUAUGAGACCCUGAAAAGGGAGUUGAUUCAACGGCUGUCUUCGUCGCAGACACAGCGAAUACGACAGCUGCUGGAAAAAGAAGACAUGGGGGACCGGACACCGUCCCAGUUCCUGCGACACAUGCAGGGGCUGGCAGGGAAAACAGUAUCGGAGGAUUUCCUGCGGACGCUGUGGGCCAGCCGAUUACCGCCGAUGACGAGGGCCAUCGUCAGCGCACAGGCCGACCUGCCGCUAGGGAAACUGGCGGAAAUAGCCGACCAGAUUCACGAGGGGACGAACCAGCCCCAGAUAGCCGUCGUAGCAGCAGCCCAUGGAGCUACGACGCAAGACAGCGUCAUGGAGAAGUUGUGCCUCCAGGAACCGCCGGAGAUCAAAAUCGCGGCGGAGAAGCCGAUCACCCCAGCAGAUGGACCACUGCUGGUACCACCGGACGUUCGGGGACAGGUCGACGAAGUGCCGGCAGCCGUGUGCAUACACGUCGGGAAACUCGAACACCCAGCACUGAACGCGGCAGUCAGUGAUGGACCACGUACCUGCCGCCUUUUCGUCCUCGACCGGGCUCGAAACGAAGAGUACUUGGUCGAUACGGGGUCGGACCUGUGCGUUUACCCGCGCUCAUUCAUCAAGGGUCCGCUCCCCAAGACCAAGUACGAGCUCUUCGCCGCCAACGGGUCGAUUAUCCCGACGUACGGGUUGAAGCCAGCGAGUCUCGACCUGGGACUCCGACGCGCCUUCGUUUGGAGGUUCGUCGUUGCCGACGUUUCCAAGCCGAUCAUCGGCGCCGACUUCCUGGCGCACUUCGGCCUCCUGGUGGACCUCAAAGGGAAGCAGCUCCUCGACAGGACGACAACGCUGACCACGACGGGAAGGGUCGCCGCCGUCGACGUACCGUCGGUCAAGGCCAUCGUCGGGGACUCUCCCUACGAGGGAUUAUUGGCGGAAUUUCCAGCCCUCCUGCGCCCGACGAUCCACGGUGGACGGCAGGUAAAGCAUGACGUAGUUCACCAUUUACAAACGACCCCAGGACCUCCGGUAUUUUGCAAACCGCGCCGGCUAUCGCCGGAGCUGUUUAAAACAGCCAAAGCGGAAUUUGAGGAUCUAUUGAAUCUCGGUCACAUCCGUCCUUCUAAGAGCCAGUGGGCUUCCGCCCUGCAUAUGGUUGCUAAGAAGGAUAACGGAUGGAGACCCUGUGGAGAUUAUAGAUUACUCAAUGCCCGCACAGUCCCAGACCGUUACCCGAUUCCGCAUAUCGAAGAUUUUUCGAGGAUGUUAUCCGGAAAGACAAUCUUUUCGACGAUCGAUCUGGUUCGGGCAUACCAUCAGAUCCCGGUCCAUCCGGAUGACAUCCCGAAAACCGCGAUAACGACGCCAUUCGGGUUAUUCGAGUAUUUAGUCAUGCCCUUCGGAUUGAGAAAUGCCGCGCAGACGUUCCAACGGUUUAUCGAUACCAUCGUUAGGGGACUUGAUUUCUGCUACGCGUAUCUCGACGAUAUUCUAGUAGCGUCGGAUAGUGAGACGGAGCAUCGAGAUCACCUGCGCGCGCUUUUCUCACGUCUCGAAGAGUACGGCAUAAUAGUCAACCCGAACAAGUGCGUGUUUGCGAAAUCGCGGGUAAAAUUCCUAGGAUAUACGGUCAGCGCCGAGGGUACAAGGCCAUUAGCCGAGAAAGUUAAAGUUAUAGAAGAAUACCCAAAGCCAGCGACAAUUAAACAAUUGCGCGGGUUCUUGGGUAUGAUAAACUUCUAUCGUAGAUUUAUACCCGGCGCCGCCGUAUUGCAGGCCCCGCUUAAUCAACUGCUGCGCGGACGCAGGUUGAAGGGCAAUGCCCCCGUCCUAUGGACGACCGAAGCGGAGUCUGCACUAGGAAGUCUUAAGACUGCCUUGGUGAACGCGACAUUAUUGGCCCAUCCGUCGAACAAUUCGCGACUCGCGAUCAUGGUAGAUGCGUCGGAUUUCGCAUUAGGCGCGACAUUACAGCAGCGACAAAGCGGUUCGUGGCAACCGUUAGCCUUUUGCACGAAAGCUUUGUCGCCCGCGCAGCGAAAAUAUAGCGCGUACGAUCGCGAAUUACUCGCCGCAUAUACCGCGGUAAAACAUUUUCGCCACGCAAUCGAGGGUCGCGAAUUUACGAUCUACACGGACCACAAGCCAAUAGUGUUCGCGUUCAUGCAAAAACCGGAUAAGUGUACGCCGAGACAAUUUCGAUAUCUCGAUCUCAUCGGACAAUUCACGACGGACAUACAGCACGUGAGCGGCAAAGACAAUGAGGUCGCAGACGCACUCUCAAGAAUCGAGGCAGUAACCGCUCCGCUGAGUUACGCAGAACUCGCGAACGCGCAAGAGCGGGAUACUGAGCUUCGGAGUUUUCUUGAUGCGUCUGACACCUCAUUGCAAUUGAAACGUAUACGCAUAAAUAUAAGCGAUGCACCCGUUUACUGCGACGUUUCAACCGGAAGCGUGCGUCCGUUCGUGACUCAAAUCUUCCGACGCCAGGUGUUCGACCUGGUACACGGACUGUCGCACCCAGGUGCGAAGGCGACAGUGCGUUUAUUGAAGGAUCGAUUCGUUUGGCCGUCGAUGGAGAGAGAUUGCCGAAAGUGGUGUCGCAAUUGUCUCGAGUGUCAACGGGCAAAAGUUAGCCGACACGUCUCGAGCGAGGUAGGAACCUUCGCGUCGCCGUCGAGCAGGUUUGAGCAUGUGCACCUCGACCUGGUAGGGCCACUACCAGUGUCAGGGGCAAUAAAUACUGCCUUACCUGCGUCGAUAGGUUUACGCGAUGGCCUGAAGCCUUCCCGCUCGAGAAUAUCGAGGCUGAGACUGUCGCGCGAACCUUCGUUUCGGGGUGGGUCGCGCGAUUUGGGACACCGGCACGGGUCACCACUGACCGAGGCCGGCAGUUCGAGUCCCACCUAUUCAGGCAAUUAA